UGGGAAAGAAAACAAAAAACAAAAAAAGGAAAAGCUUUUAAUCAAAGAUUAUUAUUAUUAUAAUUAUCUUAAGAGAAAUAAAUUAAAUAGCAAAUCAAGAAGAAAAAGAAAUGGCUCAUUUAAAAGUAAUUAUAGCCAACAUGUCCAAUUGUAUUUCUACUAGAUUCAUGAUUGUGCCUGCAGGAAAUGUAUUGAUCUAUAGAGACUUUGUUAGUGCCACAAGACCUUCUCAAAAAAUUGAUAAAGAGACAUGUCAAAAGAUAAUAGAAGCAGCAGAAGCAGUAAAAGAAGGAGCUAAAGAAGUGAAAAGUGUGGGAGAAUAUGUCAAAAAAACUGUUUCUGAUAGUGCUGGAAAUGUAAUCUCAGAGGUGGCAAAAGCAGCACUAGAAAAGGCAACUGAAAAGGAAGAAAAAGGUGCAUGGGAUAAAGUCAAAGACACAGCAAAUGACAUCAAGAAUAAAGUAGUUGGCAAGUGACUUAAUUAUAUCGAAUUUAAGUUUUAUACAUCGUCAAUAUUAGAAUUUAUCUCAAAUUGUAUUUAGUUAAUUAUAACAAGUUAGAGCCCGAUGCUUUGAUUUAUUUCACAUUAUUAUAUCAUACGAGGAAUUAUAUGUUAUUGUAGGUCAUUCAGUUGAUGGUAUAAAACUUCUUUAUAUAUUCUCGUUAAUCGACCAUCAAAUAAAAAUCAUAGCUAAUAAAAUUUUGUGAUUGUCCGUUGUAAAACA